GGCCGCUCGGGUCGCUGCGCGCAGUCCAGCUAGCCGGCCCUGCCCUGCCCUGCCCUGCCCUGCCCUGCGCGGCGCGGGCGGCGCGAUGUGAGCGCCGAGGCCGGAGCGUCCGCCGGGCCCGCGCUAGCCACGGAGCUUGGUGUCCUUCUCCGCAGCGUGGGUACAGACAGCGCCCGUCUUGCAGGAGCUGUGCCCAGAGGAGCCAGGGCCACCCCCGGAGCCUCGGAGCCUGGCCUUCAUCCUCGACCCUUUCCCCGUCUACCCUGUGUCUCCGCGGCGUGGAUGUGGACUGACUGAAGACACAGUGGGCUCAGCUCAUCUCUGCGUCUCCGUGACCAGCACAGGGGCCGGCACACAGCAGCCUUCUGCAGAGGCGGGGCUCAAGGACAAGAUGGCGGCCAAGCAGCCCCCACCGCUCAUGAAGAAGCACAGCCAGACGGACCUUGUGAGCCGCCUGAAGACCCGGAAGAUCCUGGGCGUGGGCGGGGAGGACGACGACGGGGAGGUGCACCGCUCCAAGAUCAGCCAGGUCUUGGGCAACGAGACCAAAUUCACGGUUCGGGAGCCGUUGGGGCUCAGGGUCUGGCAGUUCGUUUCUGCUGUGCUCUUCUCUGGCAUAGCCGUCAUGGCCCUGGCCUUCCCCGACCAGCUCUACGACGUGGUCUUCGAUGGGGCCGAGGUGGCCAGCAAGACCCCCGUCCGCCUGUAUGGUGGCGCCCUCCUCAGCAUCUCCCUGAUCAUGUGGAACGCGCUGUACACGGCCGAGAAGGUCAUCAUUCGGUGGACCCUGCUGACGGAAGCCUGCUACUUCGGGGUCCAGUUCUUGGUGGUCACGGCCACACUAGCCGAGACGGGCCUCGUGUCCCUGGGGACCCUGCUGCUCCUGGCCAGCCGCCUCCUGUUUGUCAUCAUCAGCGUUUACUACUACUACCAGGUCGGCCGAAGACCCAAGAAAGUCUAGCCGCCUGCUGGGCCAGGGGACCCUGCCCAUGCCCGGAGCAGGGUGGCUCUGGGGCCUCUGUUUCCCUUUGGUUCCUGGAAGGCAGGGGACCCCCGCCCUGGCCCAGGCGGGCAGAGGUGGUGGCCUUACUUCCCUCAUGGGCACUCACCGGAUGCUGUGUUCUCCUGGGCUUCCAGGUUUGAGAUCCUGGUUUGGGGACAGAUGGGGGCCUCUGCACCCUCAUUCUUCACUCCACACAGGGGCACCUCCUUUUCUUGGGUCUCUUGGCCUCCAAAUCCCUUUGACAGACAGACUGAAGUCAUGUCCGAGUCAUAGGGGUAGUGGGCUAAGUCGAGGGUCCAGCCUCUUCUGCCAGGAAGCCCUUCUUGCUUUGGAGAGAGGCUGUGGACCGGCCCCCCUUCUCCCUGCACCCCGGGCAACCUAGUGGCCCCACAGCUGGACUUGGCUUCCCGCCGUGCCUGGAAAACCUGAGAACUUGGCCCUGUGCCCCUGCUUCUCAACCUGGGCCCUCCCCCUCUGUGCCCCCAAACACACACACACACACACACACACACACACACACACACACACACACACGUGCCCCUUCCCACAGCCCAGCAGGGGUGGGCUGUCUUUGAGAUGGCACUGCCCUCUUAGCCUCUGUGCAGAUGGGCCAUGUGCAGCUACAAGCCCUGUCCCCACCCCAGGCCUGGCCCACGGUGAGCUGUCCUGGGCUUGCUCGGAGUGCUCUGCCUCCAGGGCUGCCUCCAGCCACUCUGGGUUCAGAGGCUGCCAGCGGCCACACGCACAGGCCCACAGACAGAUGGGCACACAGCCCCCCGUGGAGCCACCGUAAGUGAUGGCGUUUGGAGACUGGGGAGGAAAGGACAGCCGUGGCCUGAUGCUCACCUGGCUCACCCCUGCCCACCCCGUCCCCAGGGAGCUGCCCCCGGGGCCUGGCCCUGUAGGCCUCACACUCAGCUAGGGGAGUAAACAGAAAUGUUUCAGCAGGCCCUGCCUCUCGGCCACCCGGUGCCCCGCAGACGCCCUGCCCUGCCUCUCCCUGCAGGCCCCCUGCUGUGCGGUGCCCUCCUUCCCCCUGCACGCCCCCGCACAGCAGACGGACGAGUCUAGGGAGGCUCCAGACUCCUUCCCCUUCUUGGGACAGAGUCGGGGAGGAAGCUGCUGCCUGGGGCCUCUGCCUGGACCAAGCCGUCCCUGCCACCGCGUGCCCAGUGACAUGGCCCGUGCGCAGCAGAGCGGUGGCACCACCAGGGUCAGGCAGCUGGGGAGAGUGGCCGAGUGGAAUGGGAGGCAGGGCUCUGGGGAAGGGCCCCUCUGUCCUGGCAUCCGAGUCUGUGAGUCCUGGAGGGCUGUCCACCUGCUGCCCAGACCGGCUGGCCGGGAACCCACUGCCACCUCCCCAAGGCCGAAGCCUCAGUGUCCCGUCUGAGCCGGGCCUGCUGAGGCCCAGCCGCGCCCCCAGUGGCUGAUGGUCGGCUUGUGGUCCCAGUAACUGCCAGGCAUGGCGGGUGGACCCAUGGCGGGAGGCAGGCGGGGGGUGGGAAGCAGAGUCUGGCCUGUGCCCGCCAGACCCUCCACUGAGCCGCGACCCUCCACUGAGCGGUGGUUGGCGAGGGGCGUGGCCGCCCCCGGGUGGGGCUCUCCAGGCAGUGGCGCAGGGCAGAGCUCAUGACAUACCGUGUGGCUUAGUUAGAGUUCAUUGUAGUGAAUCCUGGGGGUGGGGGGGGCUGAGGUCAGGUGAGACCUGCAGGACAGAUGCGGCCUCUGGGGCAGGGGACAUUAAGGCAAGGAAGGGUUACGGUUGGGAAGGGGGCAGUGACAGAGGGGAGAGGGACCGACCCUCCCUCCAGCGGGGAAGGCCAGGUGUGGGCCCAGCUCUCUGCUCCAUUUGGGGUGACCUGGGACGCCCCUUCUCCCAGUCCCCCUGCAGCCGGAACCCAGCACCCCCUUGUCAAGCUUCCGCCUCAGCCUCAGGCUACCCCCACCCCCAAAUCAAGACCACCUUUCUUCACGGUCACUAUUUAUUCUUCGUUCCUUUUUCUUUUUGUAAGAAACAGUCACAAAAACCAGUGCAAAACCA